CAUCCACCUGGUUCAUCUAAUCUCAUUGAUAUUCCAAAUUAGCUAGAUAGAUAGAUAGAGAGAGAGAUUCAGAGUGUUUUUGUUAGUUAUGGCGGAAUCGGUUCCAGCAACAAGCGGUAUCAUUAUUGUUUCACCGGCUGUAACAUCAGUUGAUGCUUCUCCUCCUCCUCCUCCUCCGGCUGCUCGUGGGUUUUUACGUGUUCCUCCCCGUCCAGGCGUAAGAGUGACCUCGGAAUUUGACAGCGACAGCUCCAGAUUCUUCCACAAGGUUUCCUGCAAGUUGUUUGAUAGUCUAGCUAAGUUCAAACUGUCCUUCCAGAACAACGACAAGGGCGAGAUUUCCGACCCUUGUUUAGCUUUCACCUCCAAGUAUCUUUCUCUGCACUACGAUCUUGAAUCCCACAAUGCCUUUCUCCACUCUUCUUUAAACCUUGUUCCUGGUCUGCAUCUUAAAGCGGCUCACGAUGUCAAGGCACAUCAAGGAGAAGUGACCGUGGUUGCUGAUAUUGCUGGCCCUGCUUAUAAACUUGAACUUUCAUCCACAGUUCCAACAGUUGGUAUGCCAAAAGCUACAUUCAAGUUUCCACUAGGCGAAGUUUCAUUGAAUGAGAGAGAGGAAGAGGAAGUAACAAAAACAUUAUCAGUUAGUGGUACUGCGAAAAGUCACAUCUUGAAUGGCAUUUGUACUGCUCAAUACAAUGAUGAGAGUCUUAAUCUGAGAUACUUAUUUAAGGAUGAGCAGAUGGCCUUUAUUCCCAGCAUUUCACUGCCUUCAAAUGCAUUAGCAUUUGCUUUCAAAAGGCGGUUUAGUCCAUCAGAUAAGCUGAGCUAUUGGUAUGAUUUCAAUUCGAACGACUGGAGUGCAGCGUACAAGCAUACAGUUGUCAAAGACUACAAAUUCAAGGCUGGAUAUGAUUCUAAGGUUCGGCUUGGAUGGGCAUCUCUUUGGGUUGGAGAUGAAAGUGGGAAAGCAAAGACGGCUCCCAUGAAGAUGAAGGUCCAAUUCAUGCUUCAGGUUCCUCAGGAUGAUAUCAAAUCGUCAACCUUAAUGUUCCGUGUGAAGAAGAGAUGGGAUAUCUGAAUCCUUUGGAUUGGUCGGUCGGUUGAAUUACCAUCUUAUAAAGAAGAAGAAGAAGAAGGAGACUUUGUUGUUUAAAUCGAAUUAUGAAUUGUCAAUCCAUGUUUAAGUUUAAGGGAAAAGCCACAAGUGUCCAAAUAAAAAGGAUUACAAAAAAACAUUCAUCCUAUUAUUCCUAUAAAUUUCAAGUUCAU